UCUCAUGAUUUUUUAGUAUAAAAGACCUUAGCAGAGUUACCCCCUUAAUGCCAAAGGUCGAAUCUUCUCUUUAUAAAGGGGGCAUUCUGGCCACAUCACAAUCAUGUAAAUAUAACAAAAUUAAUAGAGGAAUUAGAAGUAAACGAGAUUUAACUACGAAUAAUAAUAAUACGAAAAUAAAGAGAAAGAUAUACAAAAAAUUAGUGAGAGUACAAUUAUUAUCUAAUAACACCCUUAAUAACGAUGAUGUUAUUAAUGUAAAUGUUGAAACAACUACUAAACGUAGACGGCGUAGAAUAAAAAUAAAGAAAAAGAAAAGAAAAUUGAAUAACCCCGAUCAAAAAACAAACGAAUAUUUACCACAAAUUGUGAAAUUUAGAAAAAGAAUUGUGGUUACUAAAAAAAGAUUAAUAAAUAGAACUCAAUACACGUCAGUUGAAUCGGGGGAAAAAACAAAUACGAUUCCUAUUAGUAGUACUAUCGUGAAUCCUGAUUAUAACGGGAUCGAUUAUUCAGAUUACGAUAACGAUAUUUCAAAAGAAAAUCACGACGAAUACGAUAUUGAUAUAGAUAACGAUUAUGAUGAAACAACUACGCAAUUCCAAGAACUAGUCACAUUAAAAGAAUCCGACUUUUUCCAUGGAAAUGAAGAUGAACUUUAUAACGAACAAGAUUAUUUAACAACUGAACCGUAUUUAUCCGAGGAUCGUGUAGUAUUACAUGAGGAAGAUGAAAAUGUAUCAAAUAAUAUUGAUGAAAAUAUUUAUACAACAACUGAAAGCGAUCAAAUUGAAAUAACGACCGAAGAAGUUGAUAAAUACGUUACAUCUAAUGCGAAUAAUUUAGAAGAAACAAAAAACAACAUAUCCAAAUCUUCGAUAUAUGCUUAUAAUGAAGAAAUCGCUGAUAAACCAACCUUCCAAGACAUACCUGAGUACGAGCCUUAUUUUCCCGAACUGACUGAAUCUCUAGAUGCUCCUAUAAUUCUCUUUAAAACAACUGUUCUAUCUUCUGUCGACCUUUUAACUAAAACUGUUGUACAAAGUAGAUUAAGAACAUACACAUUCGUUGUAACUACCAUAGCUGGAGACGAGCAAAUUGUUACAUCGACUACUGAAGUUAGACCACAUACGAAAACAACUGUUAUCACAGAACCUGUUACCAAAUUGACGACUCUGACUCUCUUAGAUAUAGACGCGACGACUACUUUAUCCAGCCCACAACAAACUAUAUCUCCUGUUGUUUUGGAUAACAUUCGAUCUCUUCAAGAUAAAAAAAUCCAGAAUUUUGACGAAGCCAGAAAUCUUGCCACGAGGAUCAUGUCCAAUGGUGUAGAAGUAAUUGUAGCCGGAGAUAAAACUAUUCCUGGCGAAAAGGAUUUCAAAAGAUUUCUCACCUCGGGUACAUACAAACCCAUAACGUUAAAACCAAGUACUUUAACUGAAAACGUGGUUAUGCUGAUACCUCAAGAUACAUCAAAAGUAAACGGUUUAUCAACGACAAUGUACCCGAAUCAAUUUAUAACUAAAACAUGCUUAACGACAUUCACGUAUCUGACUACUUUCUUGGAAGGCAGCACAACUACAGUAUCCAGCCACGAACAAGUCGUUUCGAAUAUAGCUACAGAAGAAAGGAAUACUGGAAAAAUUUUGCCGACCCCAGCGAUGGGAGUUACCGUCACACAGAAUCCCAAAUUGUCCGUAGGAGUAUUCCAUACCACAUACACUUAUCUGAAUACAAUUCUUGACGGGGAUCAGCCUUUAGUGGUGUCUUCGAAACAUACAGUAACUAAUACAGUUACAGCUCCAGAUGAUUAUCUUUCACUUUUAAAAAAAGUACACAGUACGGAAUCCGCGAUGAAAGAUACGAAUACUUAUUAUAGCACGAUUGGUCUAGAAAAAACAUCGUACGAAGGCAACAAAACUUCAGUAAUAAGAACAAACGAAGUGGUAACACAAGUUGUUAUAACUGAAAGUGUUCCACCAAGAGCCACUUCUGUAAUGACAUCUUACAUUGCACUUGAUAAGAACAAUUUAGAUUCCGCGUAUAUAACUACAGAUGUAGUCAAGACAUACCUCGUGACUUAUACGUACUACAAUACUGUCCAAAAAGAUAAUUCGCCUGUAGUUUAUACAAACACAUCUGUCUCUACUGAUAUAGUUACAGAAAAAUUAUAUCUCAGUCCAAAAACUACGAGCAAUUACGAUAUACAAAGUAAUAAUCACCAAGUGAAUAACUUUCAAAUAUUCACCACUAAAUCUUAUUUAACAACUUUUACAUAUUUCACAACUUUGUUACAAGAAGAAAAUGAAGCGACGAUCGUUAAUUCUGAAACAAGUAUCGUUGAGAACGUAGUAUCCGAAACAAUCGAUUUGAGUUUGUUGGAUAAAUCAAAUUUGUAUCAAAUUAAAAAUGCAAUCGAAGACGGUAUUAACACUAUAGUGAAAACUAUAACUUUAUACAACGGAGAAACUUUCGAAAUCACAGCUAUAGCUAAUAAUCCUGAAGACCAAAUUAACCCUACGAAAGUGAUGCCUAUCGAAAAAACCCACAUGCCAGAUACUUUAAAAAUGAUCAAAGAAGAUAAUAAUGUUCCAGAUAAAUCUACUUCAAAUAUUAUUACUGGUUCUACAAUUGUUUUCGUAGACGACGAUCCCUUUGCUCAAUUUAAUCCCACACCAGUAUUAAAAAAAACAAUAGAUAUCAAAACUUCUUCACAAACGAUUAAAUCUUCAAAAGGUGUACAGAAAAGUAAAAGAUCCACAAAAAGUAAAACUAAAUCUCAAACUUCUACUAUUAUACCUACCAAAACGAAGAAAAAUAAUGUGGACUCACUAAAAACGAAACCACAAGUUGAUAAUAAAAUUAAAGAUAUUAAACCACCAAAAAAUGAUUUACUAGGAUUGGGUUCUAUAAAUAUAGAUAGUCUUCAAGCUAUUGCACCCCUUCUUAAUUCUAUGGCAGGAUUUCUUACGACUAAUCUAAAAUCAAACAGAAGAAAUGAUAUAAACAUUACUGCUAACACAAAAAAAGAUAAUAUAGAUGCAACUAAAAAAGUUAUUAACAAAAACUCUAAUCAAAUAAGUGAAAAUAAAGACCCAGUUCAAAUGGUAGAUGUACAAAAUAGAUCUCCUAUUUAUAUUCCAGUUAGAGGUUUAGGGGAUGAUUUUGAAAUAGCCGAAAGUCAAAAUAUCGCUAGUUUCGACUGGGUAGAUCCACCUCCAAAUAAAAAAACUCCCGAAAUACACGGAAGUUCUUUAAUGACUCACGGAAUACCAAUAUCUCCCGGUGAAAUAAUCACCACUAACUCCGAUGUAAUCGUUGGAAAACCCGGAAGGGUGGGUCCGAGAAUACCCCCCAUACCUCUCACAAAUACAAUCGGCGAAAAUGACAUAACGGUCGAACUACAACCCCCACCUAUGCAUGAAAAUAUUUGGCAUAAGAAAAAUCACGAAUACAAGAGAAUUCCGAUAACUAAUAACUUUGAAAAACCUCAUCAGUACCACCAUCAAGAAGAAUAUUUAAAGCCGCCGCCUCCAAUACAAAAUUCGGAAUAUAUUAUACCGAUAAAGGGUAAUGAGAUAUCGAGAAAUGUUCAAAAUUAUGUUAAAAAUGAGAAAAAAUAUGAACCUGUUCGUUAUCAACAUCAAGAACAACACGCAAGUAACAACCGGUUAGUACAUGCUUAUAACAUUAAUCAGGAAGCAACUUUUAAUAAAGUCAUAAAAAAUAAUGUUCCAGAACGUUCAAAUAACCAUGAGUAUCUACCACAUAAUCAUCAUGAUAUUCCGUUCCGUCUACAAGAAGAAAUAUUAAGAGGAACUAAAUUAAACAACAUCAAUAUAAAACCAUCCGUAAUCAAUAAUGAGCCUAUAAUGUUACCAGAAGUUAUCGAAAGAUCCACUGGACAACCACUUCUAGUCAACAUACAACCAAGUCAAAUUGCUUUUGUAAAUAUACCAUACAACAGAACAACAGCUUUAAUUUAUGGCGGAUCUACUGAACCUCACAAAAACGGUCAAUAUUUCAAUGAUCCAUCUCCGUAUCCUCUACAAGAUUAUUCGAUAGCGGAUGGUAAAGAUCGUCCUUACAUACCACCUUCAGUUUAUCAACCAGAUUUACCAAAUCAAAAACGAGUUAAUGGGGUAAUCAAAGUAGAAAAUCAAUUAAUUAGACACGAUUCAAUAGGUAGUAAUAAUCAAAAUAUUCAUAUAAAACCUACUAGGAUCGGAAAUUUUAAUGUACGCGAAAAUCAAGAGGUUAGUAUACCUCCUGUAUCAUUUGGUGUUAUACACAGCGGAAUUGAUUUCGACGCUCAUAUUAUAAAUCAUGAAAAUACAUUUCCGAAUCUUAUCAAAAAACCGUAUGAUGAUUUAAGUGAGAAUCAGAAUGAUAAAAAUAAGUUUAAUAUUGCCAGAAAACCUGUUCUCACUUACCCUAGACCUGUUUAUAAUCAAGAAGGUAUUGUUGAUAAUUCGAUCAAACUAUCGUCUAGUAUUCAGGAUCAUAAAUAUCAAACACCUUCAAAAAUAUAUAAUAAUAUACCAAGACCACAUCAAUAUGGUUCGAAGAAUCAAAAAACAGACAUUUCUGAGAUUAUGUUACCUCCCACAACGCAAAAAAUACAAAUAAAUAAUUUGUUUAAUCAAAAUUCUCAUAAACUUCCGGAGAAUUUUAAACCUUCUUAUCCAAUACUCGAAGUGCAUUUACCACCAAUUAAUAAUCACCAACAAAUAAAAGCACCACAUGAAUAUGAUAAUUAUGAUAAUCAUAAAGUUGAUGAUUUGGAAAAUGAAGAUGACGAAGUGAUUGAAGAAUCCAAUACUAGACCACUACGUCCUGGUGAACUACCCUAUGAAAUUGUUAAAUUACAAGCUACAACUACGAAAAGAAUUCCUAUUUUCCGAGAAACAAAACCAAAAUUUGAUGAAAAUACGUCAAAAAUAACAAAAUUAAAUUACGAAAAUAAAACUUUAUAUGAGAAUAUGACAGCCAAACAAAAAUUAACUACUGAAAAAAUACUUUUUCCCGAUUUUGAUAGAAUUAACCUUCAUGGUGUUGGUUCGCAUGAAAUCGUCUCACCAUAUAAACCAGAAAAGAAACCAGUGCUUAUAUUUAUAGAUGAAAAAGAAGAAUCGAAACAUAAAUUCUUUAAUAAAGAUAAUGGAGAUAAUAGAGAUCGACCUUCGGUAACUUCUCUACCUAUAAAUACUUUUAAAGAAAGUUAUAAUCAUACUACCGUUACUUCGAGACCGACUAAUGAAUUUACUGAAAAUAAUCGACCUAAGGUAACUUCUCUACCGAUUGGUAAAUUCAAUGAAAAUGUUUUUCAAAAUAAUCCUACUACUACAUCGAAAUCAAUCAAUAUAUUUAAAAAAAAUCGACCAGAAAUAACAUCAUUACCAAUAAAUGUAUUUAAAGAAUACAAUUCGCAAUAUUCUACUACAUCAAAUCCUGUUAGUACUUAUAAACAAGAAACUAGACCUACAGUUUACAAUCCUCGACCUUCAGUAACAUCUUUACCUAUAGAUAAAGUUAAAUUAUUCAACAACAGAAACAGACCACCGAUAAUAUCGAUGGCUAGUACAAACAAUAAAAAUCGUGGGACUCAAACUGAAAAACCAUUCUCCGGGUUACCUUCUAAGACAAUUUCGUUCAAUGAAAUAAUUAAAAAAGAAGCGAUAGUACCUAAAAAUACGAUCUAUAAACGUCCAACAAGAAGACCGUUUACUAGUAAACCAACACAAACAUCCAUCGCCGUAGAUCAUAAAACAACCGUUAGACCAUUAACUGACAUGGAAAUAUUGAAACCACCGCCGUUAAUUCCCGAAUAUUUUGAUAAUUCUACCAGUACGAAACCUCAAGAACCAGUACCGAAAAUAUCGGUAGUAAUGGUACCUCCACCACUUCAAACUGAUGAAGAUGUAUUCGGUAUGAUUCCUCCUCCUCCGAUUACCUCUACAUCAAAAUAUUUUAUGGAAAAAGAUGUUUCUAGUAAUAAAACGGCAUCUACUACAACUGAGGUAUAUAAAUUAUUAACCCUCGAACAUCCUACAAGAAAAUCGAAUUAUAAAACUUCAAUAACUACGACUAAAAGAAGAAGACCUGUUUAUACAGGUUAUACGUCUACGUCUACUUCAAAUAUUAUUAAACAAUCACCUAAAACCACACCGAAAACUAUAAUUAGUCCAACUGUAACUAAUAAAGAUGUUAAUGUUAACAUAAAUAUAAAUUAUUCUUCAUCUACUACUACAAUAUCUUCAUCAGAACAACCAUCAACUAGUGAAGAAAAUCGGAAUAUAAUUCAUAGUUUAGAUAAUAGUACGACUAGUUUAAAUGAAGGAACGAGUAUUAAAUUUGAUGUAAUAACAUCAGAAAUUCAUAAUACCGGAAACGAUAUCAAAUUAGAAUCUACAACGCCGCUUCCUUCUACGAUAAAAACAAUCUACAAUGAAACUAAAAGUAAAAUAACAGUACCUACUAGAUAUAUUACUCAUACUAAAACAGCUACUGUGACUAUAACAAAAACUACUGUUGUAAAAUCACUCGGUAUGACUCCUUCAACUUUAACAAUAUUAGUAACUGAAACCGAAAAAACAACUAUCAUCGAUACAGUAACAGAAGUUCAUACUCUAGUAAAACCGACUAAUAUAAUAGAAACUGUAACGACUACUAUUAAACAAGCUAGUUCUUUAUACCCUUACGAUAUAUAUGGUAGUCAGUAUCCCCCUAUUAAAGUUAAACCUACUAUAUCAUCACCGAUUUUCAAUAACACGGUUAAAGAAGAAAAUUCCGAGGAAAAUCUUGAGGAUUUCAUAAUUCAUGAAACGGAUCCGCCCAUCACCAAAGAUGAUAACCGAAAUCGUAUACCAGCAGAAGAGAACGAAUCGAUUUUGGUUGUAAUGACGGAUAAGAACACGAAAAAUAUCGUUAAAGUACCAAGUUAUGAGACACAAGAAAGAGACGAGAUGAUUACGACAAAUAGAGAUAACAAUAUUUUUUUGAGCGGGAUAUUGAUCGAUCACCAGGAAGAUAAGAAAGAGGAAGUACUCGAAGGGUGCGAGAUUGAGUGUAAGGCUUCGAGAAACGAAUUAUGUCAGAAGAUAAAUGGUGUUUCGAGAUGUACGUGUAGACCCGGAUUUGCUAGAAUGUUUCCGGAUAGACCUUGUUUGCCGACCUACACGUAUGACGUCCAGGUAACUUUAGGACGAAUUGGAAAAGACCAUCUCCACUUCUAUGAUGACUUGAAGGAUCCAAAUUCCACAGAACACUACAAAUUUGUUCAAGCUACUAACGAAGCUUUGGACAGGAUGGUAAUGCAAUCUGAUCUGAGAGAUAUCUCUCACGGUAUUAAAGUUCACGCAUUCGAACCUGCCGACGAAGGAAUCGUAAGCAAAUUUUAUCUACAACUUUCCGAAAAUGUAGAACAAAAUCGUUUAGAAGAUAUAUUCAAGAAGUAUCUCUUGAACAACAGCUUGAGUUUAGGCGGUACCGACAUUUUCGCCAGCCCUAGAAUCGAGCUAGAAGCUAAUGACUUUAACGAGUGUUCAAAUACAAAUUUCCACGACUGUUCAGAAAACGCACACUGCUUUAACCUGAAAGGAACGUACUCUUGUAGUUGUAAGGAAGGUUAUUCGGAUUUGUCGGAGAAUAUGCUAUAUCCUGGAAGAAUAUGUUCAGCGGAUCAAGUGGGUUGUGAAACAUGUAACUAUCAUGGUACUUGUUACACCGCAGGAGCUGAAGAUACAUUCUGCGAUUGCUUCCAAUGGUAUACUGGACAAUAUUGUCAUAUUAAUCUCAAAGUUAUAUUGAUAGCUUUAGUAACACUUGGUACAUUAUUAUUGGGAUUACUACUAACUUGCAUUAUACUUACAUGCGUGAGAGGUAGACAUGUUGAAGUUCCUGGUGGAAUCAAUUUCUUACCUCAGGGUAAUUCCGGUAGGAGAAAUACCCUUGAUAGAAGAGCUAUGAUCCAAGAUACGAGUUCAGAAGAGGAUAAUAAAUCGGAUACGUCGCGAUAUGUGAAAAAACAGAAGGCUGCUCCCCAAAGGAAAAUAUCGAAAGUUUCCUUAAAGGUAGCCGAACGCAUCGAACCCGCAACUACGAAUCAUAACAUCACAUCCGCCGAACAAAAAGAUAGAUCUUUAACGGUGAUGAUUCCUCGAGCAAAGUACCAUCCAGCUCCGCCGACAUCUCCAUUAUCAAAUUAUACCAGUUUCGAUGUACGUAAACCUUCAGUUCCCUCGAUUACUAAUGAAGCAAAACUUCUGAGCUUAUUAGAUGCCGGACCUUCUCCAAAUCAGUCGGAGCGUAUCCAGCAAUUCAAUAACGUUCCCAGCGAAUUACUCAGCGAAGAUAAAACAAACUCCAGAAAAACUUCAGGAGCACUAAUUUCAGCUGGUUUUGAAGUUUCAGCAACAGUUGUCAAUAAUAUGGGUACUUUAGGUACAACUUGCGGUACAGAAGCUGAUAGAAGCGAAAAUGCUACACUUAUUCAAAAAAUUAGUGCAGAUUUAUUAUCCAGUACUGGUACGAGAUCACAAUUCAACACGUUGAGACAAUCAUUAAUUGAUGAAGAUGUAAAAAGUGAAGGGAAUAUGGACACUGGUUCAACCUGGUUACCUAGAGUGAUGACGAUAUCUGAAACAUUAUCUUAUGAUGAAACAACAACUCCAACGCCUAUGAAGCGUCUUCAAACUGAUUUCGACUCAAAGCCGUCUUCUCAGCAUCCAAAUGACGAAGCGAAUACUAUGGCGGAACGAGACUUGGGAUCAACUUUUUUACUUCCUCAUACUCAUCUAUAUAAAGCUGAGAGGGGGAGUGAUAUUUCAGGAUUCGAAUCCCUUUAGCAAAACUCCCAGGAAAAGGGAAUGUUGUUAUAAUGAUUUCGUAGCUGAAAAAUGUGCCUUAUAAAUGUCCCGUCUGUGCCUGUGGUAUUAUAUUAUUUAUUUAUGAACUUUUUCACAUUAUUAUAACAAUUUUCAUAAAUAUUUUCGUAUUGUAUAAAAUAUAUUUUUAUAUAAUUUUUAUUUUAGUCAUAAUUAUUGUGUGUGUGUGUGUGAGUGUGUGUGUGGAAAAUUUUUUAUUUGAAAAGUACUGGACUGUAAUUAUAUUUAAAGUGCAUCAUUUUUUUUGGAAAAAUGAGGAGUUGUAAAAACUAAAUUAGGAAAUAUUAUAAAUAAACCCGAUAAAAAAUAACAUGAAAUUCUAAUAUUCCAGUAAGUUUCGUUUUUAAACGACAUCGUAUCCAAUUGCAUCUAAACUGGUUCUUAUCAAAUUGAUAACUUUCAACUAUUUCUAUCAAUCAAAUACGAUCCUCCAAAGUGAAAAGCAAAAGGAAGCAGAGAAAGAACAAGGUUCCCACUCUCCCCCAGCGUUUAUUUCAAAAGAGUGAAAGAAAAAUUUAAGAUUAUCGUGCCAAUUAAUUGGCAAUUUAAAAAAUUCUAAAAAUAGUUUUCUCGUAGCAACUUUUGUUACAACUUUUCCCCUGAGAUAUUAGUUGUCAACUCGGUACAGAAACCUCAUCAAUAGUUUUGAGUUUGAGUAUUUUUUCUUUAGUAGCAGCGUUGCCUCAAAGAACAAUAAAUGUCUACAAUGGUGAAAACUCGUUUUUGUCAGUUUUGGCCUCAACGAGAACUGAUUUUCUGUCUCUCACAUGUUUAACUAACAUAUUUACCAAUUUUUACCACCAAAUAUACCAAAUAAUAAUAUGACCUUCUUCAUAACACGUUAAGCUCCGGUGUGGUCCAUAACUACACGUUCCGUAUUGGCUAGAGCGCUCCAAUGGACUGCACGACAUAUUUUAUUUCGAACCUUCUCCGCGGCUCUAGAGACCAUAUUUAAAUGGUCCUGGGUCCUUGAAACAGUACCGCAAACUUGAUCCUUUUGUUUUUUCAUUUAUUUUUUACUGCAUCCUUCACAAUCUCUUCUUAUUUUGUAACUUGGACCUUCACUAGGCAAUAGGUUUUGGCGUCCCUUAAUCAGCAACAGUCGUAGUUUCUUUCAUCAGUAACUUCUUUGCUACAUUGAUUUCAGAAUCAGUAAUUGCUAUAUUUUCUUUUUUAUCAUUCUUUUAUAGAGUAUGAUCAAAUUUAUGUACCAAAUAACAGCUCAAUAACAAUUUUCCUAUGCCCUUUCAACGUCCUUCUCAAAGAAAUUAUAGUCGACCAUGGCUUAAGGCUCUACAACCAUUCCCGAUCAUGUUUCAAUGCUUAUUGUCUUAUCACCAUUUUGAUCAUUAUUCUGCCAUUUUAAUAUUAUUUUUCCUUCAUCGUUUUCAUUGCUAGUAAUUUCAUUUCAUCUAUGGGUAGUCCUAUUAUUUCGCAAUGUCCCCAAUAAAUGGGCUCCAAACGCUAAACGAACCUUCAGGUACUCGGCUUUGUAAAAAUUUCUAUAUUCGAGUUUAAUGCCGAGCCCCAGAGUUGUACUUCAUAUCACCAGAUUGGUUUGAGAAUAACUUUGUAAAUCAAGACCUUGUUCUCAAGAGAAAGCUUGGAGUUUCGUCGAUAAUCCAGUAGAAUUCAUGCAGCUUGAGGCCAAGUUGUUUCCUUUUAGUGAAUAUGUGUUUUUUAGACAAAUACGGGUUUUAUUUUUUAGAAAUUACAUCGUCCAAAUGUUGACCGUUACGUCGGAAACAUUCUUGGAACCUGGCUUCGGUAUUUCUUUACACUCUUUGGAGAAAUGCCCACGAGAUGCAAUUGAUUUCGCGAAUAAUAUUUUCCUUCUCUUCAGAGAUUAUGAACGGACUUGUUUCGUACAGUUUUGAGAUGCCUCCAGAGAAAAAAGUGCAUGGAGGUAAGAUCCGGGGACCUCGGGAUGUCACUGAAACCGCUUAUCAAUUUGCUAGGGAAAAAAUCACGAAACAACGCCAUUACCAACGCCGUCUAUGGAAAUUGCUUGCACUUGACAAUUUUCAAAAAAAUCGGGUCCAAUUAUUUCCCUGCUUGACAACGCACACCAAACCAUCACUUUGGGAUUGUGAAUAACUCCAAAAGAUAGUGUUCAUUGUGCGAAAUUGCUUCAGCAUUGUCUCAUAGAAAUUUUUACACAAAUAACAAAAAUCGAAUACAUCCCGACCACCUACAAGAUGGUAUGAAAACUGAUCUUCAUCAUCCUAACGUCCUUACGCAUAUUGUGAUCAUUAGGCUUAAGCGCUUGCACAAUUUAAAUUUUAAACGGAUAAAACUUAAGAUCCUUAUUCAAUAUUUCGUACACUAUAGUUUUCGGAAGCCCCAAAGCAGUCGCUCUCUAUCGACACUUGCCGCAACGAGUUUAAUGUUUUCAAUCGUUCUCCACGUCCGGGUGGGUGCCGGUCGUAGGUUAUUUUCUGUUGAACUUGUUGUUCGGAGCCUUCGUAUCCAUGAUCGAAUCAAAUGUACACUUGGGGCGUCUUCGGCCAGCAAUGCUCACGAAUCAUUGGUUUUGAAGUACGCUUCGAUGGAAAACGCGCGUUGUAUAUCCACUGCGACAUCGCGACUAAAUAACCACUACGAAUGACGAUGUCAGCGCUCUUCUCUCCCCGUCCCUCCGCUCAAGAGAAACUCGAAAUUCAAAUCCUGAUCCUGCCACCGGUUAUUUCCUUGCCGUUUAGACUCACGGGUGGGCAAUUUCCUCUUCUAUGAAUUAAAGAAUGUUGUAUGUACAGAUUUUGUUUCAUUGACUUUUAUUCCCCACAAUUUGAGCCAAACUUGUAGAUUAUCCAGGUUGAAUUGUAAAAGUUGGGAUGCUAUUUGAGGGUCUUCGUUGUUAGAAGAAAGCGAGUCCGACGUGUAUAGUAAGUAAAGAAGCGGACUCAGUGAAGCUUUGGAGUCAGUCGGCGGUCAGUUGAAUAAAUUUGAGAAAGAGGUUGAAGAAACUUUCAAUAAUUCAAGUAUUCAUAGUUUUAAAAUAAUGUAAACAAGGACCAGUUAAUGAGUUUGGAUUCGGAUACAUUGUCAUUUAUGUAAAAUGUAUGGAAGUGAUGUAAAUACGAGACGAGUGGUAUUUUAAUUUAAUAUAUUUAUAUGAAAUGUACUCUCUGAUUCUAAUAAUAGACAUUUUGUAAUAUUCGGGAAAAUUUAAGCAAAGUGCCAAGAAGACUAACUGUUUUUUUUUUAAUUUUGUAUAUUGCGAUAUAAAAAUUUUGUAAGAUAAUUUAACAACUAUUAUUGUCAAUAAAAUGAUUUAUAUCAGA